GCUUAAUAUAUACAUAUUUUCAAUGAAAAUUAAACUUUUGUACUAAAAUUUCUUUGUAUUUCAUCAAAUUAUCAAAUUGUAUAUCUUACAAAAAAAAAAUGAUUCAAAUGAUUUUAUUAAAAUUUUUUAUAAUAUUUCGUACAUGCUAUGGAACAUCUGAUGAUCUUAAAAAGGACUUAGAAAAAUCAUGGGCUGAAUUUGAUAAACAAUUAAAAUGUGAUCACUUACAGUAUAUUGGUUACAAUGAAGGAAUGGAAGAUGAUAUGGACAUGCAUUCUAAAAUAAAAAGACAAUAUUUAUCUUCAAUAAAUAAUAUUAGAAAUUGGCAUGGUGUAGAACCUCUUAAACAAAAUAAUGAAUUGGAUGUUUUUGCACAGUCAUAUGCAAAUUAUGAAGCCAGGGUAGAACGAAAUGUUACAUUCAAUUCAGUUUUCGGACUAUUGUUAUCUUCUCGUCCUUAUUUAUUUUCUAAUGACGUAGGAAAAAAAGUACCUUAUGAAUUAUAUAGAUAUUUUGAUGAUGAUGAUAAACCUUUUGAUUUUGAAGCAAAUGAGGAUGAAAUGAUUAAAAUUGAGAAAUAUUCUUGGAAGUGUCGACUAUCAUCUACUAUAAUUUGGAAAAGUUCCAUUAACAUAGGAAUUGGUGUUGCAAAAACAAAUGAAAUUGUAAUUAAUGGUGAAAAAGUAUAUGGAUCAUUUUAUGUUCUUAUAGGAAUAAUACAUCCGAAACCACACGUGUUGGGAAAAUAUAAAGAAAAUAUAACACCUAGAAAUCUUGAUAUCAUGAAACAUGAUGGUUACUUCGAAUUUCUUCAGGAAGCAAAAAAACGUGACAAAAAUAUAGUUAAAUACGAACUCCAGUCAUAUGCCAAAAAACUUAUGGGAUCUUCUUCUAAAAGAAAUAUCAGCCUUGAAAAAAAAGAAAACUAAACGUUCAAUAGAUUAUUACUUGGUUUUUGAUGAUUAUUCUGUUAAAAUUAAUGUUUAAUUAUAACUAAAUUAAUAUUUGUGAAAAAAUUGUCCGUAUCAUUAUUAUUAUUUGUACGAUUUAAAUUCAGAAUUCUCAAUUUAUGUUUUAAUGAUUCUUUAAAAAACAUUAAAAUACUUAUGAAAUUGUUAUUUAUAUAUGGAUGCACUCUUUUGAUACAUGUAUGUUAUUUAACAUCAUGUGUAAUAAAACAUGUACUCACAAUUAAUUUUGUAAUAUAAUUUUUUAAGAUA